AUGCCUAAGAGAUUGGUCAUUGGAUGUGUAGACAGUGAUGCCUAUAGUGAACUCAUCACCAAGAAUCCUUUUCAUUUUAAAGAUUUUGAUGUUAAUUUUGUUGUCCUGAACGUGGAUGGCAAACAAGUCCUCACCAAGCCUUUGCAGCCAAAUUUCACUCAGAAACAUUGCGUAAGAAGCUAUAUGGGUCUGUUUAACACUACUGGCAAAACGUCUCGUGACGAGGGUAAUAACAUCUCAAAGGAUGAAUAUGGCACUGGUUUUAUCCUGUUUCGAUUCGAUCUGACACCUGACCUUUCAGAAGUGGGCAUAUUUCAUCUUAUGAAAAAGGGAAACUUGUCUUUGGAAAUGCAUUUCGGGACAGCCCUACCCAAUACCAUCAACAUUGUGGUGUAUGCUGACUUUGAAAACAUCAUAGAAAUAGAUCGUAACAGGCAAAUUAUUUUUGAUUAUAGUGCAUGA